AUGCCAAACCCGGAUAUAUCGGUUUUCUCUAGUUUUACGGUUAAGCUUUUUACUAUAUCGAGUCUGUUCCUGCUUAUAUAUGUUUAUGGAGCGGAUAUGAUGGACGAGAUCGUUUACGCAGAGGAUCACAAUGAACGCGGCACUGAAUUGCCAACAGACAUUGACGGGGUCCGGCAGUAUGUUCCGGUGUGGGCGGUCUGGUUGUUUGCUGCAUGCUUUCUACUUAUAAUCGUGGUAUUAUUGUUGGAUUACUGUGUUAUCCGACGUAACGCUCUGGGAAACAACUGUUGUACUCGAGCACGACAGAAACGAAAUCCAGCUAGCGCUAUUCAUCAGAAAAGAUCUACCAACAUGCUUCUUAAUGUAUGGAAACUUAAUCGUCAAGCCCAAUGUACGGACCAAGAUGUAUAGCCGACAGAUUUCCUGGCACGUUUUAUUCUACACAUCAUACAUUAUAUUUAUCUACAAUCGAUCUGCUCAAUUACCUCUCUGUCCAAGUGUUACGAGUCGAUUUAUCGAAGUAUGAAAGAAAUGAGAAUUUUCGUAUUUUUGUUCGUAUGUCGUGUAUGCAAUAGUUUCUUUUCUUCUACUACUGAAACUACAC